AUGGCUCAAUCAGAAUGGAUGCAGGAUCCAGGAUGGAAAUUUCUCCGACAGAGCGACGAGGAGAAGCUACAAGAGCAAGCGACUCGCAAAUUUGACAACAAAACGCACACAUGGAUUCCUGAUCCUGAAGAGGGAUUUCUUAUCGCAGCGAUUGCUGUUGAUGAAACUGAUAGCCUCAGUGUUACUCUACCAAAUGGCACUCAGAAAAAGUAUACACGUGAUCAAUGCCAAGAGAUCAAUCCGGCAAAGUUCGAGAAAACUGAGGAUAUGAGCAAUCUAACAAUGCUGAAUGAAGCCUCCGUCUUGCACAAUCUCCGACAACGAUACAGAAAUAUGAUGAUUUAUACCUAUUCGGGAUUGUUCUGCGUUUUCGUUAACCCAUACAAGAUGUUGCCAAUUUACACAGACUCUGUGGCGAAAAUGUAUGUGAAUCGCCGUCGUUCUGAAAUGCCACCUCAUCUUUUUGCCGUUGCUGAUGAGGCUUUCAGGAACAUGAUUUCAGAGCACGAGAAUCAAUCAAUGUUGAUCACUGGCGAAUCAGGAGCAGGAAAAACGGAAAAUACAAAGAAAGUAAUCUCUUACUUUGCAAUGAUUGGUGCAGGAGGACAAGCGGUUGGUGGAGGUGGACAAGCGUCUGAAAUCGACACAAAGAAGAAAAGUGAAAACUCGCUUGAGAAUCAAAUCGUUCAAGCAAAUCCAGCGAUUGAGGCUUUCGGGAAUGGGGCGACUGUUAGAAACUAUAACUCAUCUCGAUUCGGAAAAUUCAUCCGAAUUCAUUUUGAUAAAAGAGGAAAACUCGUCGGUGGCGAUAUCGAGCACUAUUUGCUCGAGAAAUCUCGCGUCAUUAAACAAGCGCCCGGCGAGCGAUCUUAUCACAUUUUCUACCAGAUGAUGACCCAGAAAAAGCUUAGAGAUCGUUUCUCGCUUACCGACAACAUUCGUGACUAUAAUUUCGUGUCUCAAGCCGAAAUCACGGUCCCGUGUAUGGAUGAUAAAGAGGAAUUUAAAGCAACUAAUACCGCCUUCGAUGUGAUGGGCUUUAGUGAUUUUGAGAAAGACGAACUUUACAAGACUUGUGCUGCUAUUAUGUUUAUGGGAAAUAUGAAAUUCAAGCAAAAGCCACGCGAUGAGCAAGCCGAAAUCGACGGAAUGGAUGCUCCGGAGAAAGCGGCUCGUCUUUUGGGAGUAAACGUGGAUCUUUUUAUACACGCUCUCUGCGCUCCGAAGAUUAAAGUCGGCAAUGAGUGGGUGACAAAGGCUCAAAAUGUGCAACAGGUGGAUUGGGGGGUGGGCGCGCUGUCAAAAGCGAUCUACGCUCGCGUUUUCACUUGGCUUAUCAACAGAUGCAAUGAGACAUUGACUGGCCACCUCGAAGAUGCGGCGCACUACAUCGGAGUGCUCGACAUUGCCGGAUUCGAGAUUUUCAAUCGUAACUCCUUCGAGCAACUUUGGAUCAACUUUGUGAACGAAAAACUUCAACAAUUCUUCAAUCAUCAUAUGUUUGUCUUGGAACAAGAAGAGUAUCGAAGAGAGGGUAUCGAAUGGACUUUUAUCGAUUUCGGUUUGGACCUUCAAGCCUGCAUUGAACUGAUUGAGAAACCACUUGGAAUCAUUUCAAUGCUCGAUGAGGAGUGCAUCGUGCCAAAGGCCACCGACAUGACUUAUGUUGACAAGCUCACCAAUCAACAUCUCGGAAAACAUCCAAACUUUGUCAAGGCAAAACCACCAAAAGGAAAAGAAGCUCAUGCUCAUUUCGCGAUCGUUCACUACGCGGGAACCGUGCGUUACAAUGCCGAGCAAUGGCUUGACAAGAAUAAGGAUCCAUUAAACGAUUCGGCUGUUGCUUGUCUUAAAGCUGGAGGAAAUCCGGAGGCGCUCGUUUGCAAGAUUUGGUCUGAUUAUAUGACAGAUGUUGACCGAGAAGCUGCAGCGGCUAGAGGCAAAACGGAAACUGGCGGAAAGAAGAAGGGAAAAUCGGCGUCAUUCAUGACAGUGUCAACAAUGUACAGAGAAAGUUUGAACUCUUUGAUGACAAUGCUUCACACAACACAUCCACACUUUAUCCGUUGCAUCAUUCCAAAUGAAAAGAAAACUUCUGGACUUAUCGAAGCGCCAUUAGUGCUUAAUCAGCUCACUUGCAAUGGAGUACUCGAGGGGAUUCGCAUCUGCAGAAAGGGUUUCCCGAAUCGAAUGUGCUAUGAUGAGUUCCGAUAUCGUUAUGCGAUUUUGGCUGCUGAUGAGGCAAAUGACAAAGACACAAAAGUCGCGUCAAUCAAAAUGUUGGACAAGAUGCUAAAGACUCAACUCCUCAUCGCUGACCAUUUCCGAUCUGGAGCGACAAAGGUGUUCUUCCGAGCCGGCGUUUUAGCACGUCUUGAAGAAGCUCGAGAUGAAGCGAUCGCUAAGUUCAUUCUCUAUUUUCAAGCAGCAAUCAGAGCUCGGCUUGCUUUGGACGACUAUGCUUCGAAAAUUCAACAAAUCGAUGCAGCUGGAAUUAUUCAAGAGAAUGUGCGCUCCUGGGUGGUAGUUAGGAAGUGGCCGUGGUUCCGUUUAUACGCAAAACUCAAACCACUUCUCAAAGGAAUGAAGUCGAAUGCAGAGAUUGAAGCGCUUGAAAAAAGAUGCAAAGAGAUCGAGGCAGCUCACAAAAUUGAAGAGGAGACAAGGAAACGUCUUGAGGAUGAGCUUCGUGCUAAGAAGGAAGAAUGUGCUGACACUCAAGCGGCUUUGGAUCGUGAACGAGCUGCUAUUGAGCGAAGAAACAAGGAGAUCGAGGAGCUGAAUGCAAGCUUGCGCAAAGAGCAAGAGAAACUCGAAGAAGCGGAUAAAAAGCAAAAAGAUUUGGAAAAACAAAGAGAACGUGAAAGAAAAGAAGCUGAAGAAAAAGAAAGAAAGUUGGGUGCCGAAUUGGAACAAGAAAAGAACAGAGCACAAGCUGAAGCUGAGGUGUACAAGGAGAAGCUGAAAACAGCCGAAGAAGCAGCACAAAAAGGAGAACGAACACGGAAAGCACAGGAGAAAGAGCUCACUGAUAUGGCCAAUCAAUUGGAGGCUGCUCGGCAAAAGAACGAUCGUCAAGAGAACGAGCGCAAUAAAUUGGCUGAACAACUUGAAAAGGCCGAGAAUGAAGCAAUCGUCGAAAGAAAACAACGCGAUGAAAUGCAAAAAGCAAAUAAAAAACUCGAGGCACAACUGCGAGCGAUGAAAGAACAAAUGGAGUUGAUGCAAAAAGAUCGCUCCAAUUCGGAUGUCGAUCUCAAGAGACGUGAUGAAGAAAUUUCGAUCUUGAAAAGCAAAGCUCUAUCAGACGCGAAUCUGAUCGCCAAGUUGCAGUCAACUCUGAGAGCAUUGAUUGCUCGAAUUGAAGAACUUGAGGAGGAUCUCGAUGCACAAUCAAGAGCAAGGAAUAGGAUUGAAAAGCAUCGUAACGAAUUGCAAGCACAAUUGGAUAGUAUUAACGAGCAGUGCACUGAAGCGAAAGGUCAAUUGACUGCUCAAGUCCAUCUCAACAACACGAGAGCUACUGAGAUGGCUGAGCUUCAUCGAGAAAUCGAGCGUAAAUCGCUCACCCACGAAGCUUAUGUGGCUGAUCUCUGCUCAAUGCAAUAUCUCACGAUCAGUCAACUCAGAAAUCUAUCACAACAGGCGGCAACGAUCGAGAAUGAGGCAUCACAGCUUUUGGAUAUCCGUCGAGCACAAACCUUGGGUGGUGCUCUCACUAGAGAUAACACCGUCACAAUCUAUGAUGAAAAUGGCUCUCAUCUA